AUGGAAAUCCACAAAAAGGAUCGUAAAGUACGGAGGGCAGUUUUUACGAAAAAUGCUAACGAACUGGAAGUCUUAUUGUCUGCUGCGGAUAAGUCGGCUCGUUCCAUUAAGCUGACCUGGGAAGUAGUGCAACAAAAAUAUUCGGAUCUGCAAAUUGUGGAUGAAAAGGUGUACGAGCUGCUUUUAGAAACAGAUGCCGACGAAAAGGAGCUAGCUGAGGAGAUGGAGAUUCGAGAUACUUAUUUGAAGAAGUACACAAAUCUUAGGCUCAAGGUUGAGGAAUCUAGCUUAGACAACGACAUACACAGCGAGCAUAGUGCCAAUUCUCGAGCUACAGUACCCGGCAGCAAAGCUCGACAACUUGUGGAAAGCUAUCCUGCUAUGCAAGAAAACUAUUCAAAAAUCAUUGAUAGUCUAAAGGCUAGAUUUGGUCGCGAUGACAUUCUUAUUGAGGUGUAUGUGAGGGAACUUUUAAAGCUCAUUUUGAGUAAUGCCAUGGCCCAAGACAAGAUGGAUAUUUCCACUCUCCAUGAUAAGAUUGAAAGUCACUUACGAGCUCUUGAAACUCUAGGAAUAACAAAAAAUAAUUGUGCUUCGAUGUUAUUUCCCUUGAUCGAGUCAUGCUUACCUGAAAAUCUUUUAAGAGCUUGGCAACGUUCGGCUCAAUACUCAUUUGAAGAGCCAAGAGAAAACGAACUUGAAGAGGAGAGCCAGGACAUUUUAGUCCAUACCGUUGACAAACCCGUUUACGUCUGCAGGGCUAGAAUCAACAGUGUGUGGGUGUCCGGACAACUUCGACCUAAGAAGUCAGCCUGUGUUGUGUCCUUGUACAAGAAAGUAUCCGAAUACAAUCAGUUUGAAGUCUUAGUGAGCAUUGAAAAAAGUUCCAGAUUGAGCUGGGUGUACAAAAACAAGUACACGUUGAUUUCAGAAGGUGCUGUAACUAGUGGAGAAAACAUUUUAAAAACUUACAUAGCGAGACGAUCCGCAAACAGUCACAAUAAGGAUGGCUCCCUAACGUACAAUGUGGGUAAGUUUACACCCUCGGAAAAUCUAGGAGUCUUUCAUUUGGUGGACCAAAAUAACAAUGAGCUUCAGUUUGAAGACGGUGAAAUUCUAGUCGAAACUGAACCGAUUGCAUAUGAACUUAAAUCCAUAAAAUUGGAACGAUUCCGAGGUCGAUUCCCAAGAACCCAAAAGAAACUUGGUGAAGCCGUUUUGAAAAAUGAAGAGGAUGUCCUGCAACAUGUAGCAAGUGUGAUAAGUUACAAAUAUAACUAUUCCUUAUUUUGGGGGAAAGGCCAUGGCCUUUUAACUGGGUUACCAUUCACCGUUACCCUCCCAAACGGUACGCAUGUGAAGGGCCAAUGGGCGGUCCCAAAGGAAGAACUAAAGUCAGAAGUAGCACCGGUGGAAAAAUAUUUAGAAGCUGGCACCGCUGUCAAUGUAACACUAAUGGGUAAUUAUACUGAAUCCGAAAUACCGUAUAACGCUACUGUUGUUGCUAUUUAUAAAGACGGCGAGAAAAAAGAAAUAGAGAUUAGAGACACAAAGCGAGAAAAAAUAGUAUCAGACGUGAUAGCACUAUACGAUCCCGUAUAUUUCCUCCACAACAAUAGCCAUGUACCUACUACGACAACUACUACAGCCGCCACUACCAGCGGAACUACUAGCACCACUUUUAAAACAUCGACUCCGCAAGAAAUUGCGUCUGAAAUACCUACAUCUCAUAAAACCGUGGAUAAAAAUAAUAAAUUGUCAAACCAUGAAGACAACCAUAAUAUAUUAUCCGAUGACCAAAAUGUCGACAGACAAAAUUCAUCUGAAAAGAAGCCUGAUGUACCUGCAAAACCAGACGGUGCAUGUUCCAUCGGGAUGUUCAGUUCAGUGACGAUAUUAGCAGUUUCUUUGGUGCUUCUGAGGGUUACGUAAAUGAACGAUUGUAACACACCUUGGCUUGCUUAACUCCUAGUGAGAUAGUGCGAAAUGAUUAUUCGGGCAAGUGCAGCUUGUUUUAUAUAUUAUUCAUUUUACCACUAGAUAUUUCGUUUCAUCUCAAUAGUCAUUCUAAAACAAUGUAUAUAGUUUGUAUAUAAAUGCUGAGGAUUGUUGAGGUAUCUCACAUAACAUUGGUGAUAUUUUUUAUUGUGACUACGUCCACGUUUAUUUUAGAUUGUAGAUUGGGGAUCCGGCUGAUGUAGAUGGUUUACAUUUUAGGAAAUUCGUAAAAUAUGUUUAAAUUUGCAAAUUGUAUUAUAUACACUAUGCAGUAUGUAUUAUUAUUCAAUGCUUGCACAUUUUUCUUUAAUAUAAACCGUCUAUAUUAAUAAAAAUUAGGGAGAGGGUAGUUUAGCAAAAUAGAAUAUAUUUUGCAAGUAAUAUGUAAAGAUGUAGUAAGUGGUAUAUAUUUUUGCUAAAAAUUAGAGCUAUUCUGAUUCAGUAUUGAAAAGGUACAAACUUUUUUUUGUGCAUUAAUGUUAUUUCAAGCACAAGCCAAUACUUUCAAACGAGAAUUUUUAUAGUUCUCCUGUAAAAGUAAGGUGUGACUGGAUGAUCCAUUCCAAUAGUAAGUACAAAAAUGGAGUUCAUAUUUCAAAUCAAAUUUAAUGAAUAAGCAAAACAUUACAAUCUCUUAAAAUAAUCUUAUUCUAAUAACUGUGAAAUAUACACAUGUAAGCUUGAUGAUGUUAAAAAUUUAAUAGCAUUAAAAUUCCAUAUUAAGAUAUACAUAAAUACAAAAAUAUGUGUAGCAUAAAGUUCCGUAAACGUCUGAUCUGACUUUUGCUUCAUGUAUCAGAUUUGUUUUCAGUAAUAAUAAUAUUACUGCUGGUGUGAUUCUCCUUGGACUGAAACCUGUAUAAAGAAUGUUUGUUUAAUUGUACAUUUCUGUAAUAUGUAGAUAAUCAAUAAAAAGGUAUCUAAAUUGAA